UUUAUUUUCCCAAUGGACGAUUAAUUUGAGUGAGAUAUCCGAGCGUUUAUUACGUUCUUGUCAUUAACCUAUAGUCAGACGUUGAUAAAGUCUAUUAAGUACCCACUAUUUAUCAGUGCAAGACGGAAUAAUAAUUAGUUUAGUCAUGAAUUUGCAAGCGGUUCUCGGUUUCGUUUUCACUGUUUUCCUUCAAAAUUCGUUAGCAGAUGAUCCAACGCCCCAACAAUGGACCCCUAUCGUUAUGUGGCACGGAAUGGGUGAUUCCUGUUGCUUCUCUUUUAGUAUGGGAGCUAUUAAGAACAAAUUGAACGCCUCAUUGCCGGGAGUGUAUGUGCGAUCUCUUCAAAUUGGCGACUCGAUCGUGAAAGAUAUGGAAAAUGGAUAUCUACUGCAUCCAGAUAAACAAAUCACCAUGGCUUGCGAAAUAAUCAAAAAUGAUCCCCAACUAGCAAAUGGUUACAAUGCGAUUGGAUUUUCUCAAGGAGGACAGUUCUUACGAGGUCUGGUUCAGAGAUGCCCUAGCCCACCGAUAAAAAACCUCAUUUCGGUUGGGGGUCAGCAUCAGGGUGUCUACGGAUUACCCAACUGCGGAACAUUAUCCGGCACUUUCUGUGAUGAACUUAGGAAGCUAUUGAAUCAUGCAGCAUAUGUUGAAUGGGUCCAGAGAACUGUGGUUCAGGCAACUUACUGGCAUGAUCCUUUGAAUGAAACUGAAUACAAACAAUCCAGUACGUUUUUGGCUGAUAUUAAUAACGAGAAAGAAAUCAACAGCACCUAUGUGACAAACUUACAAUCUUUGGACAAUUUUGUUCUCGUCAAAUUUGAGGGCGAUACAGUGGUCCAGCCUGUUGAAACUGAAUGGUUCGGAUUUUAUACGCCGGGACAGUCUCAAGAAAUUCAAACUUUAGAAAACUCAGAUUUAUACAAAGAUGAUAGGUUGGGUUUAAAGGCAAUGAAUGAGAGCAAUAAAUUGAAGUUCUUGUCUACUCCUGGAAAUCACCUCAAGUUCCAGUGGGAUUGGUUCGAAGAAAAUGUAGUUGAUCCAUAUUUGAAAAAUGCUUGAGACUUUAUUUUUAUUAGCGUAUAAUAAAGAAAUUAAUAAAAUAAUUGUUAUAAAGAAUAAUAAUAAAUAAAUUGUUAAAAUUAUUUUUCAGUGUACCUAUUGUUUAGAUAAAUAAGUU